GGCGCUCGCUGUUAGACGUGGCAGUUCACUGGGCGGCCGCGAGCGGAGAGGAGCCGGGAGCCCCGCGCCGGAGACAGCUGCUGUGUGACCGGCCCCGAGCGUGCGAGCCCCAGAGACACGGGGGAGGGGGGCUGCACACAGUGCACAGACUCGUAAGGAAGACUCCCAUUUGGAAUGAGAAUAAUAUCGGAAUGAGCCAACAAGGUUAUGUUGCAACACCUCCAUAUUCCCAAUCCCAACCGGGUAUUGGAGGUUUUUCUACAGGCUUUGGACCACCUACAUCUUCACCUCUUUAUGGGCAUUAUGGCAACCCAAACCCAUCAUACUCGGCAUCUCAGUCAGGUAUGUUGAAAUCUACUGUGCCUUUUGGGUCCUCUGCUCCUGUUGGAUCUCCACCUCCUGGCACCCAUCAGUAUAGCCAGACCAACCUCCAGAAUGGCCCCCAUUCAACUGGACAUCAGCCACACAGGUUUCAAGGCCCUUCACCUCGCAACAAUGCAGCACCUUCCUAUCCCCCAUACUGCCCUCAAUCACAGCCAUCCUAUCCAAAUACUGCAUCCUCUUCAUCCACAACACAACUGGCUAAUCAGCUCAGCACCCUGCAAAUAAAUAACUAUGGUCCUGGUGCUUCUCAGAGUUCUCUCAUGCCUUCUGGGAUUCCAACAUCUUUUCAAGGUCCAUGUCCACCACCACCACCAACACAGCAGCAAAUGGCCUUGCCACCUGGAUCUCAGAUUCCUCCGGCACCAGCAAAUAACCUGAAUGGCGUUUGUACUCCACCCUCACUGCCUCCAGUGGCCAUGCAGGAUGGGAUCCCAGGAUCUGUACCCCCAAAUGCCAACUUGCAGCAACUUCCAGGACAACCUCCAGUGCCUGGGUAUCAUCCACAGCAUGCCAACUAUGGCCCUCAGAUGGCAGGCUCUCAGCUCUCUUAUCCUGGUGCCUUUCCUGGGGGUCCAGGACAGCUUGCUGGUCCACAGCAGAGGAAGCUUGAUCCUGACUCCAUCCCCAGCCCCAUUCAAGUAAUUGAAAAUGAUAAGGCUUCCAGAGGAGGUCAAAUCUAUGCUACAAACAUCAGAGGCCAAGUUCCUCCUCUUGUCACCACAGAUUGUGUAAUCCAAGAUCAAGGCAAUGCCAGCCCUCGUUAUAUUCGAUGUACUGCCUACUGCUUCCCAUCCUCUUCAGAUAUGGCCAAACAAGCUCAGAUUCCACUGGCUGCUAUCAUCAAGCCUUUUGCUGCUGUUCCACCAAACGAGACACCUCUUUAUGUUGUUAACCAUGGGGAGACUGGGCCAAUUCGAUGCAACAGAUGCAAAGCCUAUAUGUGUCCCUUCAUGCAGUUCAUUGAAGGGGGAAGAAAGUAUCAAUGUGGAUUUUGCAACUGCAUAAAUGACGUCCCUCCAUUCUUCUUUCAACAUCUGGAUCACAUUGGCAGAAGAACAGACCACUAUGAGAGGCCAGAGUUAUCUCUAGGAUCAUAUGAAUAUGUUGCUACAUUGGAUUAUUGCAGAAACAACAAGCCUCCAAACUCACCAGCCUAUAUCUUCAUGAUCGACGUGUCCUAUAGUAACAUUAAGAGUGGCCUUGUUAAACUCAUAUGUAAUGAGCUGAAGACUGUGCUGGAUAAACUUCCAAGAGAAGAGCAAGAAGAGACCUCAGCUAUUCGAGUUGGCUUUGUCACCUAUAACAAAGUUCUCCAUUUCUUUAACGUAAAGAGCAACCUAGCUCAGCCUCAGAUGAUGGUAGUAUCGGAUGUUGGAGAAGUCUUUGUUCCUUUGCUGGAUGGUUUCCUUGUCAACUUUCAGGAAUCACGAUCUGUUGUGAACAACUUGUUGGACCAGAUUCCAGAGAUGUUUGCAGACACUAAUGAGAGUGAGACUGUCUUUGCUCCUGUUAUCCAGGCUGGCAUGGAAGCACUAAAGGCAGCAGAAUGCGCUGGAAAGUUGUUUAUCUUCCAUUCUUCAUUGCCGACUGCUGAAGCACCAGGGAAGCUAAAAAACAGAGAUGACAAAAAACUGAUCAAUACGGAUAAAGAGAAGAUACUUUUCCAGCCACAGGUGAAUUUUUAUGAGUCCCUGGCCAGAGAUUGUGUGGCUAAUGGCUGCUGUGUGAAUCUGUUCCUCUUCCCAAACCAGUAUGUGGAUGUAGCCUCCAUGGGUCUUGUCACAAUGUACACUGGAGGAACUCUUUACAAAUACAACAAUUUUCAGGUACAUUCUGAUGGUCCCCAAUUCCUGAGUGACCUCAGGAAGGACAUAGAAAAAAGAACAGGAUUUGAUGCAAUCAUGAGGGUUCGCACAAGUACAGGUUUCAGGGCCACUGACUUCUUUGGUGCCAUUUACAUGAACAACACCACAGAUGUAGAGAUGGCAACAGUAGACUGCGACAAAGCGAUAACAGUGGAGUUCAAGCAUGAUGACAAACUGAAUGAAGACAGUGGAGCCUUAAUUCAGUGUGCUGUACUUUACACUUCGAUAAGUGGGCAAAGACGACUCCGCGUACACAAUAUUGGCUUAAAUUGUAGUUCCCAGUUAACAGAUCUCUACAAGAGUUGUGAAACUGAUGCACUUAUAAACUUCUUUGCUAAAUCAGCUUUCAAAGCCAUUCUAAGCCAGCCCUUGAAGACAAUCAGAGAGAUCCUGGUGAGUCAGACUGCUCGUAUGUUGGCAUGUUACAGAAAGAAUUGUGCCAGCCCAUCUGCAGUAAGCCAGCUUAUCCUUCCUGAUGCGAUGAAGGUGCUACCGGUUUAUAUUAAUUGUUUAUUAAAAAGUUGUGUGCUAGUUGGCAGACCGGAAAUUCCAACCGAUGAAAGAGCUUAUCAUAGGCAGUUGGUCAUGUCUAUGGAUGUUGCUGACACCCAGUUGUUUUUCUAUCCACAGCUUCUGCCAAUUCACACUAUAGAUAUAAAGAGUGAUGCUUUCCCCACUGCUGUCCGUUGCUCAGAGGAACGUCUGUCUGAAGGAGGGGUAUUCUUCUUGGCAAAUGGGCUAAAUAUGUUCUUGUGGCUGGGAGUCAGCGCCCCACCAGAGCUUAUUCAAGGGAUCUUUAAUGUGCCCUCCUUUGCACAUAUCGGCACAGAGGCUACACUACUCCCUGAAGUGGACAACCUCUAUUCUAAGAAGCUCAGAUCAAUAAUGGAUUACAUCCAGAGCAACAGACCUUACUCCAUGAAGCUGCUAAUAGUAAAGCAACGGGAACAAGCAGAAAUGCUUUUCCGACAAUACCUGGUGGAAGAUAAAAGUCUUUACGGAGGAGCUUCUUAUGUCGAUUUCCUAUGCUGUGUCCAUAAAGAGAUCUGUCAGUUGCUCAACUAAAGGAAGCUUGACAUACCAAUGCAAGGAAUAUCUGAUGAAGUAUGAGAGACCUUCCAUUUGGUGACUAACUCCAAAUGGUGCUUAACUAAGCUUUUCCUAUGCUAUUUUUGUACAGUUUCUAACUUCACAUAUUCGCGCUUAUUUUCAGAGUAUCUAGUUUACCUAUUAAUAUGUAGGAAAUUCAGCACUCAGGUAUAAAUCUUUUAGGAGGGGCUUUAAAGAGUGUCUGUUUCUAAUUGACAGAUGAAAGCAUAUUUCCUGAUAUAAUUCACAGAACAUUCCAAUGUCCUCAGUUAUCUACUCUGGGUUUUUUCAUAUAAAGUGUACUAUAAUUGAGGAAAAAACUAGUUUUACAUUUUGAUAUUUAAUCAGGUCUCUUAAACAUGGAAAAAUUUGCAAGUGAGGGCAAACAGUUAAAUAUCCAGUUUGCAAUAACAUUGUUCAAGUGGGCUUCCAUGGGGACCUGUUCCUUUUCUGGUUGUCACCAUAUAUUGUGUUGAGCAGUUGGGAUCAUCUAUAUGGUCCCUAAUGAAGCACUCAGCAAAGUAAUUCUUUCCCUGACAAAUGCAAAUAUUUACUUCUACAGAGGCAAACUAUUGAGGGCUAAUUUUGGCUUACUUUCUACAUGUACCACAAUGAAGCAUGUUGUUCAGGCAGCUGGUUCAUCUCAAGAAAAGCACCCAUCUCAAUCUCACAAAUCAUGGUGCUAUUAAAGAAAAGUGUCACACUCUGAACUACUUCUGUUUAACCAGUUGCAGAGCUAUAAGCAUGUUUACCAUGGGAGUGCAAUAGUAAUGGGGAGCUAGGCUAACUUUGCACAUGACAUCCUUGCUGUUGAACAGGGAAGGCUUUAAAAAUUACACAGGGUCAUGCCUGAAGUCUUGUGGAGAUGAACUGGCUCUGUAUGUAAGUGAGGCAGGGUACAAUGGUCUACAUCCAUGUGUGGAUAAUCAAGGAUACAGAAGCAAGAAGUCUACCUACAGCUGGUCUCUUUGGCUUCUCAUCAUGCUCAGGAGAUACAGAACUUGGCCCAUAGAAACUACAGUGAAAGAAGGGAAGGGUAGCAUAGUAAGUGUACCCACCAAAUCCAGGGUAACUUUUGUUGUACUUAUCUGUAGUCAAUAUAAAGCGAGUCAUUUACUAGUGUGUCUUCAACACACUAGUGUUGGUCUAUAAAAAAAGUUUCUAGGUCUGAAACCUUAACUGUUAAAGAUUGUAAUCUAACUAUACUGAAUUAGGUUAUUUACCAACUGGAAUAUUCAUAGCUUUUAACUUAGACAAAUAUUCAGACCAGAGUUGUGUUGCAAAUUUUUCUUUUCUGAAACUCCAAGAACAGUUAGUACUUGUUUUAACCAAAGGUCACAUAGGAUGGAAGCAACAUAAUUUAUUUACAUAUUAGUUGUGUAUUUCUGUGACCAUCUAACUCAAAUAUAUUAAGACAGUUAUUGCUUUAAAAAAAGCUAGAUCACUGACUGAUAUAUUAAUAUUGAUAUUAAAGGCAGCGUUUGGAAGAUUAAAAGGCAGUUUGCUUUAAGAGUUCUGUUGAUUAGAUAGUUUCCUUAUAUCAAACUGUUUGCAUUCACACAAGAUGAGAACAUGAUGAUAAAUCUCACCUUCAGAGCUUGUCUUGCCAACGUAUGAGAAUUUUGGAACUCUUUCUUUCCAAACACAGUGAAAGGAAAGCAAAUAGCCUUCAAAGUGUAGAGGAGAGACUUCAGAAGCCUGCAAAAAAUUAUGUGCCUUUUAAGAAAUGUUUUAGCACAUCAAGUGAAUUAGAAGAUCUUGUAAAGAGUUCAAAGCUCUCUUGAUCAAAUGGGGGUACUACAAAAGGACACUAAACUAAAUUCAACUGGGAACUAGAGCUGAUAUUUCUUCACCAAGAUAGAUGGGAAUUUGGAGGAGAAAGAUUUGUUGCCAUUCCAAGUCAGCAUAUAUUAUGAAUUACACCAGCAACUUUUUUAAAAAUGUAAACAAAUGUUCAUUAAAUAUCAUUACUGUG